AAUAACAACAAAUCAGGCGUUUGGUUGUCGUUGUUGUCAAUCAAUCAGUGAAUCAAUCAAUCAAUCAAUCAAUUCAGUGGUCAUUAAGAGACCAUCAAAGAAGUCAAACCCCGAUCCCAAUCAUCAAAGUUAAGGACAUAACGGACAGUCUCGGGUCAUAACCGCCACCACCACCGCAGCCGUCGGAAGUUAAAGUCUUCAAAGACAUAACGGACAGUCUCGGGUCAUAACCGCCGCCACCGCAGCCGUCGGUAAAACACAAACACGAAAACAAAAUGCCGAAAGUAGUGUCCCGUAGUAUCGUUUGCAGCGAUAGUAAAGCCGAAGAAGAGUAUAGCGACGACAAGUCCCUCAAUGUCUAUCACUGUCUGUGCGGCCAAUUGGCACUGAUUGUCGACCAACCCAUGGAUCGGCUACCGCUCAGGCAGCGCGACCAGUCGCGUGUGGUCGAUGCGGCCAUCAAUAUCUAUAAGCUAUUGGCGGCCGACAACAACAGCAGCGGCGGCGGUGAUAUCGAUCCAAAGUAUCGGCCAGAAGUGGUUUACUUGAGACGACCGGACGGUUCCAUAGAGAAACAGCUGCGGAAAAAAUGCCGCAAAUGUGGCCUACCGUUAGUCUAUAUGACCGAACCGCAGGCCAACUAUUUCUUUAUCAUCGACGGCUCGCUAGUAUCGCACAAGAAAACUAAACCAUCGGCCAAUACCCGCGCCAAUGGUUCGGCCGCCGCCGCGGCAGCGGACACAACUAAUACCGAACGAACAAAAAUAACUAAACGUACGAAAGAUAUGGGAAAAUUCAGUUCAGUUACCGUUUCGACGGUCGAUGAAGAAGAGGAAGAAAUCGAGGCCCGCGAAGUGGCCGACAGUUACGCAGCCAAUGCCCGUAUUAUUGAGAAGCAAUUGGACCGGAAAAGUGUGGUCAAACGUUUCAGAGCCGAUAUUGGCGGCGGCGGCGGCACUGCAGGUGCUGGUGGUGUUGGCAGUGAGGAUACGGCAGCGGCUGCCGCGGCGUCGGCCAAACUCAAGUCAAAGGGAACACUCAUUGAUAAGUCGUUUGAAAAUUUAUAGGUUACGGGACGGGUCCGGGACGGGUCCGGGACGGGAGCGAUGGUUAUUAUAACCCAAUUACUACUUUAAUCGUAUGUAUGGAUGAAUGGAUGGAUAAUCUUAAAUCUAAUGCGAUAAUCAUUAAUACA